AUGUUCAGCGACAACGCAACCAACUUCGUCGGCGCCGAUCGCAAGCUGCGCGAGCUGAAAGAGGCGUUUCUGGCCCAGGCAACGGAAUUGAAGGGAUUCGCCGCAGACGAAGGGUUCAGCUUCACCUUUAUACCACCGCGGGAGCCGCACUUCGGCGGAUUAUGGGAGGCCGCGGUGAAGUCCGCCAAACAUCUAAUCGUUCGCGCAAUCGGCAACGUGCUCCUCACGGUAGAGGAGCUAUCAACACUGCUGGCCGAAGUGGAAGCAAUCCUCAAUUCUAGGCCCCUAACACCUCUGAACCAGGACCCCAACGAUGGCGAAGCGUUAACUCCGGCGCAUCUCUUAAUAGGGUGCUCCCUGCGAUCACUCCCACCAGCACAGUGGUCCAAAACAUACCUGACGGGUCUUCAGGAGCGCACCAAAUGGUUACACCCGAAACGGAAUCUGCAGCCCGGCGACCUCGUCCUCGUACACGAAGACAACACACCACCGCAGCAGUGGGUAACAGGACGAGUCGUCGCAACCGUCGAAGGUCAAGACGGCAAGGUGCGAGUCGCAGACAUAACAACGAAGGCGGGCACGAUUAAGCGCCCCAUCCACAAAUUAGCCUUACUUCCAAUGGAUGUUGAAGGAACCUGA